GCAUAUACAACCUCAUAGAAUUUUGUGUAGGUUCUCUAUUCCUCUCCUCUCACAUUCAGUGAAAAUGAUUUUAUUUUUCGCAUAAUUUGCCGCAUAUAGAUAUAUGAAAUCAGAUCUCUGGCAUUGACUCAAUAAAUCUACCGUAACAAUAUCCCCAUGAAUUUCUCCGGUUUUCUGCUUCGACUUCGGUUUUGUUCGCAUGGAAGUUGCUAGUCACCGCAAGCAAAAAACGGAGCUUAACUGGUAGCAGUGUCAGUCACCGGUUACUUUCCGAAGGCUCCUGGAAAUAGCUUUUAAAGAUGUGCCCUACGGCCAAAAAUUGAGCUUUGUGGAGUAUCCUGAAACAGUUUCGUUAGGCUGUUUUGUUUAUAAUCCUUUUCCACAAGGAUUUUUAGCCAUUCUAACUGAGAGCUCUGAAACUCAAUGGAGGUUGGAGAAUCAGAGAGAAAGAUGCCUCAAAAGCAGGUUCCUUGGGUACCCGCCACCCCGUUGAGGCCCAUUCUUCCGACGCCAGCGCCGAUCUGGACUACUGGGGAGGGAAGCCAACUGGGCUCUUAUUCCAAUGGUGUAGCGGCAUGUUUUGAAGCCUCAGCAGGUGCAGAGAUGAACCACUGGUCUCACCGCUGGUCAGAACCUGCGCCUUUAGCCCAUGACAAUGCCAAAAUUCGCGUACCAAUAUCAUUUGCUGGCCUUUCCGGCUCAAGUAACCGCAUUGCUGAACUUUUGACUCAACCAGAUGCUUCAUCAGCAUAUUCCAGUGCAACACAUGAUGACUUUUUCAACCAGCUUGUUCCUACAUAUAAUUCAGAGUUCAACCCGGCCUAUUCAUUACUUCGCCAUCACCAUCAUCAUGUCUCUCGGGAGCAACCGUUUCUCAAUACUAUCCAUGACCAGUAUCAAGAUCUUCAGGGCACACCAUACUUUGCUUACUAUAACAAGGCAUUACCCCAAAUUGCCCCAACCCCAGCUAAUGACAUCACAGCAGAAGCCAGACAAGAUGCAGAAACACAAAUAACAACUGAAAAAAGGAAUCAAGAGGGAGGGGAGAAAAAUGUCUCACCCACACCAUGCAAGUCUGUUAAAGAAGUUGCUGCCCUAUCUACACCAUAUAAGGAAAUAAGCCAUGAUUUUGAUCUGAAUAAAACACCUCAGCCAAAACCAAGAAGAAGAAAGCACCGACCCAAGGUCAUCAAAGAAAUCAAACCCAAAAGGCAGCAAGUUGCUACAAAGCCCCCAAAAGAUCCAUCAAAAGAAAAACCUACUGAAAAGAAGGCAAGAAGGAAAGGAUUGAACACAACUUCUACUCCUCAAACAGAAGUGACACAAUGCACAAAAUCUGCCAAAAAGACAUGUAGAAGGUCCUUGAAUUUUGACAUAGAAGAACAACCAAGAAAUGAUAACUCUGCAUGCAGAGAAAAUGUGAUUACACAUUUUGGCAGAAACAUCAGUGCAGUGGUUGAGGAAACACAAGCCUUAAAUAACCUCGUGGCAUUACAAGGAGACUCGAGGGAUUGGAUGAUUGCUCAAGAUUACAAUCAAAAUUUGAGCAGAGAGUCACCUCAGUUACAUGCAGUUGGUUCCAAGAGAAAACAACCUGUUAUUGAACCGCUAGAUAAUAACAGCAUUAAUCUGAUUGGAGCACAAUAUAAUGCAGUGCAGGCAUACAGCCAAAAGUAUUGUGUCCAAUUUCCAAAUGUCCAGAAAAAAAGGAGAAGUGGAAAGGGCAGAAUUUCAAACACACCCUACCCAUCUUCCGUGACUGCCACAAAAGAUGCAUCACUAGCAACAUGCCUACAAGAUGCUAGAUCACAUUUUUAUGCAUCAUGUCCUACUUUGUGGACUUCUGCUUCUGAAUAUAAUGCAGCUGGUGUCCCAGUCAUAAAUACAGUUACAGAAAGGGCUAUUCAUGAUAAACCUCAAUCACUUGAGUAUAACUUAUCUUUAGGGCAGAGGAGGCCAACCAAAAGAAGAUCGAGAGUCCCUGCUAGAAAGUGUGAUGCCAAAGUAGCAUGUACCAGAAAACAAACAUGCAGUUCUGACAGACCAACAUUUGGGGAUGCCGAAAGACCACAGACAUGCAUCGAUGCUUUAGUUGCAGAGAUGCGGGCAUCACUCACAAAAAAGAAACGAACUAGAAAGAGAAGUAUUUCUGUCAGCUCAGCAUAUGCUUGCACAAAUGCAAUGCAACAGCACCAUAAAGUCAUGUUGGAGUCACAAAUAUCAUUAGGUGUUGCUCGUGAAGAGAUAUGGAAAAACAUACAUACUGUGGAUGCAUUAACAGAGCAAUUUAGACACCUAAACAUAUACAGAGAAGCUACAGAGCUUGUCCCUUAUAACCAGCAAAAUCAAAAAAACAAAGGACUUGUCAGUGAAAAUGGCACCAUGGUUCCCUAUAAAGGCCCAUUUGAUCCCACAAAGAAGCAUGCACGACCUAAAGUUGACCUUGAUGAGGAGACUAAUAGGGUUUGGAGGCUUCUAUUGUUGGAUAUAAACAGUCAUGGGAUUGAUGGAACAGAUGAAGACACGGUCAAAUGGUGGGAAGAGGAACGAAAUAUGUUUCACGGACGAGCAGACUCAUUUAUUGCACGGAUGCAUCUUGUACAAGGAGACAGACGCUUUUCUAAAUGGAAGGGAUCAGUUGUGGAUUCCGUGGUUGGUGUUUUCCUCACUCAAAAUGUCUCGGACCAUCUUUCCAGUUCUGCAUUCAUGUCCCUUGCUGCUCGAUUUCCUCUAAGGUCAAGCAGCAAGUACAAAACAUGCCAGGAGGAAAGCACAAGUGUGAUAGUCAACGAACCACAAGUGUGCAUUGUGGAGCCAGAAGAAAAUGAAAAACUAGAUGAGAAAAUAUUGGAUCAAUCUGUUUGUGAAUUGAAUUCUUUGACAAUAGACAUCAUCGAGCAUUCUGAAGAAAGAGAAGCUGUUGACAGCAAUGAUUCCUGCAGAUCUACCAACAGCUUAAUUGGUGUAACAGAUAAAUCAAACAGCAAAUUGAUGGAAUCAGCUGAAAGACAUAACAGUGAACAUAGUCCAGUGGAGAGUGGAGCAAUGAGUGCCAUGACUGGGGAAGGGCAAGAAAAUUUAUGCCAUGAAAGUGCUAGGAAAGAGUUAAAUUAUGUAUUUUCAUCCCAAUGCUCUGCCGUUACAUCUCAAAUGUCAGGGGAUUUUUCAAUAGAUCAAAAUCCUGAAAAGAUAGGAUCAUUCUCAGAUAGCAACUCAGAAAUAGAAGACCUGUCAAGUGCUGCCAAGUACAACAUUUAUCAUAACAGAACUUCUUUCAGUGAGCUUCUAGAAAUGGCAAGUUCAACCUUGUUGCAUGAAGUUAACAGUCAAAGAAGUAAAUCCACUGAGAACUUAAGAGAUACAUGCGGUCCAUCUAUAGACAUGAAGCAUGACAACCUGGUAGAAAACUUGGAAAAAUCAAAUGUUACUGAAGGCUCCUUAGAAGCAUCCAUCAAUGAAUAUACUUUGAAAAUAGCCCCAAACUCAGGAGUAGUUGAAGUAAACUGUUAUGAUCCUCUCAACAUAGAAGCCCCAUCCAGUGGCUCCUCAAAGAAUAAAGAUGAGAAUGACAAAAGAUCCAAUUUUCCAACAGAAUCUGACAGCCAAGCUGCAAUUGUCCAUUCUCAAGGGCAAACUCAAGGUCCGAUGCAGAAAGCCAGGGAACUGGAUUUCGGUGACCACAACUAUGCCAUAAGGAAUGAAAACAGUAAGAAGGAUUCUGCCCCUGCAAAAUCGAGGAAAAGGGAGCGUGGAAAAGUGAAAAAAGUGAAAAAUGUGAAAAAAGUGAAAAAAGUGAAAAAAGUGAAAAAAGUGAAAAAAGUGAAAAAAGUGAAGAAAGAGAAAAAGGAGAAAAAUAAUGAUUUUGAUUGGGAUAGUUUAAGAAUACAAGCACAAGCCAAGGCAGGGAAAAGAGAAAAGACAGAGAACACUAUGGACUCAAUGGACUGGGAUGCUGUAAGACGGGCAGAUGUCAAUGAAAUUGCUAAAGUAAUCAAAGAAAGGGGCAUGAACAACAUGCUUGCUGAGCGUAUUCAGAAUUUCCUGAACCUGUUGGUUGACAAGCAUGGGGCCAUAGAUCUUGAGUGGCUGAGAGAUGUCCCACCUGACCAAGCAAAAGAAUUCUUGCUCAGCAUAAAAGGAUUGGGAUUGAAAAGUGUGGAGUGUGUACGGCUCUUAACACUGCACCAUCUUGCUUUCCCGGUGGACACGAAUGUUGGACGUAUAGCCGUUCGAUUGGGAUGGGUACCUCUCCAGCCACUGCCAGAAUCGCUACAGUUGCAUCUUCUAGAAUUGUACCCAGUGUUGGAAUCCAUCCAAAAAUAUCUCUGGCCUCGACUCUGCAAGCUAGACCAAAGAACAUUGUAUGAGCUGCAUUACCAGCUGAUUACAUUUGGAAAGGUCUUCUGUACUAAAAGCAAACCAAAUUGCAAUGCGUGCCCAAUGAGAGGGGAAUGCAGACACUUUGCAAGUGCUUUUGCAAGUGCAAGGCUUGCCCUACCAGGACCAGAGCAAAAGAGUAUAGUUAUCGCAACUGGAAACAAUGCAACUGAGCAGAACCCAUCACUAGUCACCAAUCAGCUGCCCUUGCUUCUCCCUGAAAAUACAAACCAAAGAGAACUUCAACAGACAGAAUUGACCAGGCAACUAGAAGCAAAAUCUGAAAUCAAUAUCAGCCAACCUAUUAUCGAAGAGCCAACAACUCCAGAGCCAGAAUGCUCCCAAGUAUCAGAAAAUGAUAUAGAGGAUACCUUUAAUGAGGAGUCGGACGAAAUUCCCACCAUCAGACUAAACAUGGAAGAAUUCACUUUGAACGUGCAAAACUAUAUGGAAAAAAACAUGGGCCUUCAAGAAGGCGAAAUGUCAAAGGCCUUGGUCGCUCUACAUCCAGAUGUUGCAUGCAUUCCUACACCCAAGCUGAAGAAUGUGAGCCGAUUGCGAACAGAGCAUUAUGUUUAUGAACUCCCUGAUUCACAUCCUAUUCUGAAUGGGUGGGACAAGCGAGAACCUGAUGAUCCAGGCAAAUACCUUCUAGCUAUAUGGACUCCAGGGGAGACAGCGGAUUCUAUACAGCCACCACAAAGAAAAUGCAGUUCUCAGGACUGUGGCCAGCUCUGUAAUGAGAAGCAAUGUUUUUCAUGCAACAGUCUCCGUGAAACAAAUUCACAGAUAGUUCGUGGGACACUCCUGAUACCAUGUCGAACAGCUAUGAGAGGGAGUUUUCCACUAAAUGGCACCUAUUUCCAAGUCAACGAGGUUUUCGCAGACAAUUACUCAAGUGUUAACCCAAUUAGUGUUCCCCGGAGUUGGAUAUGGAACCUUGAAAGGCGAACAGUGUAUUUUGGAACCUCCGUAACAUCCAUAUUUAGAGGUUUAUCAACACGAGAAAUUCAACAAUGCUUUUGGAGAGGAUAUGUUUGUGUACGAGGAUUUGACAGGGAAAAGUGUGCACCCCGUCCUCUGUUAGCUAGACUACACUUCUCGCCUAGUAAGUCGCCAAAGAACAAGGACAAGACCAAAAAAGAGUCCAAAUCGAGAAAAACACAAGGAUUGAGAAAGAAAAAAAAUACAGAACAGCCAGAAUUGCUUUCCAACAAUCACAACCUUCAGGAGACCGGUGGACCCUGAAGACAUACCGUUGUUAUUCAUCCUGUACUCUGUAUGUGUAAUAACAAAGCCAUUUUCAUGCUCAAAUAUUGAGCAGUUUUCUCAGACUAAGACUAGGACCAAGACAGUAUAACGGUAGCAAAUGUGUUUUUUUAGCUCCGUGAAGAUUGAAGAGGAAUACCAGCCAGGUGAGUCGAAGCUGCUUGCGAAAAUGCUCAGAAUAGAUAAACUCAUCGAUAUUAUUCUAGAUUUGAAUUUUAUGCCUUUUUUUUCAAUUGACUAAUUCCGUCUGCAGAAUCCAUCUAUUUUUCA